AUGAUCAGCCUGGCGGAGGUCAUCAUCCAGUUCGUCACCGUCGUUGAUGAACUAUCACGCGAGUUGCUGGGAGGUAUUCCAUCUUAUGGGCGCACGCUGACGCUGCGGCCACCGCCGAGCCAGCAUUUUGUAUCCUAUACGUACUCGACCUCGAGGCUAAUAAUCAAUACAACAUACUUAUCUCGUUUUGCACACAUAUCUGAAAUUCUAGAUACAAACAAGCGGCAAGUUGGGGCUAACGGGACCAUAAAGUGCGAUUCGCCGGGAGUCGAUCGGCUUGGUGGCCUUCCCGACGACGUGCUCGGGCGCAUCCUGGGCUUCCUACCCACCCCACUGGCCGUGCGCGCGACCCAGCUAUCGCGGCGUUGGCGGCGGCUGUGGCCGGCGCACGUGCUCGCCCUCAACCUGUCCGUCCAGGACUGCAAGAACUGUGGCGUGGGGGUCCGGUUCCCCGACCUCUGCGCGCGUGCCCUCGCGCGGUUCCCGAUGUUCUCCAUCCCCUCCAUCUCCCUCGAGUUUUGCACGCGCGACCAGAUCGGUGUCGGCAAGGCCAAAGCAUGGUACGCCGAGGCCAUGGAGCGCGCGGCGGGGUCCGUGAGCGUCACAGUGCUACGGGGGGCAUUCCCGCUGGCUCUCCCGCGGUUCACGCGGGCGGAGGCCCUGUCCCUGACGCUGACCCACAGAAUCGAUCUGGAGCUCCCGGCGGCCGGGGAAGAUCCGGCGCACUUCGGCAGGCUGACGGAGCUGGUCCUCGCCACGUUGCGGCUGCCCGCCGGCACGCCUCCGUUGCACGAGUUCCUGUCGUCGUCCUGCCCGCGGCUGCGGACGCUGCGCCUGUCCUGCGUGAGAGGCGGCGAGGCCGUGCGCGCGCUGGUCCUCCGCUCCGACGCCCUCGUGGCGCUCGACCUCAACAACGUGGACGGCAUGGAGAGGCUGGACGUGGCGGCCCCCAACCUGCGGUCGCUGAGCGUGCGCUCCUGCUUCCGUUUCCCAAUGAGCGGCGACGAAGACACCGAGGUGGUCGUCUCGGCGCCGAGGAUGGAGUCCAUCUGCUGGUACCGCAGCUACCCGAAGCGGCUCAGCACUCCCGACGGCAGCCUGGCGCGCGUCCGCCGGCUCUCCGGCCUCAAGCUCGCGACGCUGGGCCGGAGCGACAGGUUCGACUUCCCUUACACGAUGCAGCUGCUGCAGGCCUGCUCCCUCACCACCCAACACCUGGAGCUCGACCUGGUGCUGCCGGACGAGAUGACCCUCGACAACUGGCUAGGCCCGGAGGAGCGUGGCUCGUGCGAGGACCUGAUGAGAUACGUCCCGCCAUUGCCUCGUGUCACCGUGCUCUCGCUCAAGGUUCGGUGGGGGGUUGGUGGCGACGUCGGGCCGUGCCUGGCCUCCCUCCUGUCGCGUACCCCGAGCGUGGCAACGAUUUACGUGGAACCAGACCCGUACUGUCUCGCCGUCUUGGGGGGCGAAGUCGUACCGCGAGGAGAGUGCCGGUGGGGUCGUUGCGCGGACGAAAGGAGUAGCGGUAGCCCGCUGGGCUCUCUCCGAGAGAUCGUUGUCCACGGGCUCAGGGGAACGGACGGCGAGGAGUGCAGCCUCGUCAAGGUUCUGCUUGGGACCGUGCCGCCGUCGAUCGAGAGGAUAUCUCUCGGGUUUCACGACGCUACAGCCGCGUCGGUCGUUGACGAGAUCGCAGACGAGUUGCGAGCGCACUUCCCUACGGCGACUGCUGGGUGUUGGACCAGGAGGGCUUGCCCGACCACGCUCGAAUGGACCAAACGCAAGCUAACUCCACGAGAACGGAAGCGAUAAGACAUGACUGAAUUUUGAAGGCGUGCCGUGCGGAGGCAUAAUCAGAAAUUGUUAGCUGAUAGGAGUACCACUUCAUAGGCAAAAGGUGGCCCGACUUUUUGAUGAGAUAGAGGAGACUUCGUGGACCCUGUUGAGUAUUAUUAUUAUUAUUAUUAUUAUUAUUAUUA